GUUUCACAUCAGCGAUUGAUUUAGCUUCUGAUAUUACUUUUCGGUGAAUUUGGAGCUCUGUGAAUUUUCUCGGGAAAAUGUCUUGCUGCGGAGGAAACUGCGGGUGUGGAUCUGGCUGCAAGUGCGGCAGUGGCUGCGGAGGAUGCAAAAUGUACCCCGACGUGAGCUUCUUCGGCGAGAACACCACCACCGAGAGCCUUGUCCUCGGCGUUGCUCCGACCAUGAAGGCCGUAUACGGAGAGGCUUCCGGCGAAACCGGCGCCGAGAACGGAGGCUGCAAGUGCGGUUCUGACUGCAAAUGCGACCCUUGCACCUGUAAAUGAAGAACCCUAAUGUGCCGCUUAGGUGCUGCAGUAGCUUUGUAAUAAUAACCCUUAAUGGUGAUUUAGGUUUGGUUCUAUUCUACGUCGUAAAUAAGAAUAUCCGUCGCCGGAAAACUUUGUUUCCGGCGGCUGCUGGUUUCGUCGUGUUGUCGUUAAGUUUGCGUGAAUGUCUCUGCGGUCCAGUCUUAAAAUUGAGAUGACUAAAGUUUGCUACUUUCUGUAUGGGUUAAGAAUUUCA